UGACCACUCUCGACAUCGCCUUUUGAUAGUUGGAGAAGUAAGUUUUCAUAUUGGAAGGCUCGAUGGACGUAAAGCUAUCUAUAGGUGGGGAGGACGUCGACAUGAACAAGUCGAUCAAGGAGGAGAUCCAGAAGGAUGAAGGAGGAGCUUCCACGGAAUUGUUGGAGAACAAAAUGGAUUCUUUGGAAGAAGGAAUUUGGAAGAGUAGACGUGAGAGAAUGAAUAAUGCAUUGGCAGCUGCGCAAGCCGCAGAGGGACAGGAUCCAGCAAAAGCGUAUGCAGAUGCUCGAAAACUGGCUGAUGUCAUCGAAGGCGCUGACGUCGAAGAGUUCAUUUCCGAGAUCGAAAGGCUAGCCAAUCAAACCGAUCUGUCUGCUAUUUUCAAUUUCUCGGGGCUAUGGAGUGGUUCACUGCUCCACGUUGCAGCAGCCGCCAACAAGGACGACUUCCUAAGGCUUCUGCUUGAUCAUGUCAGUGACCACCUCAUAGCUGCCCAAAAUGAAUGGGAAGAUACCCCACUCCACAUGGCCGCUAAGGCCGGGGGAUCUAGAGCCGCCAUGAUGUUGAUUCGCCGGGCAAGAGACUCGGCCAAUGUUGCGGGCAAUAUUUGGUUCCUGAGGAUGAAGAACAAACAUGGAAACACUGCCUUGCACGAGGCCGUGCUCAAUGGUCACUUCGACAUGGUGCGCCUUUUGUUAAGAGAAGAUUUGGAGCCUGUGUACUGGAAGAAUCUGGCUGGGAAAUCUCCCCUUCACCUGGCCCUUGACACCGACAACUCCGCUAUACAUGAGGUUUUAUUUUCACGCUCACUCAAACCAUCGAGGAUAGAAGGCAUGCCACCCAUUCAUGGUGCUGUUGUACGUGACAACUAUGGAUUAGUCGCCAAUAUACUCCAAUGGAACAAGAAGCUAUUUGCAAUGACUGAUUGUGAAAAGCACAAUGUAUUCCAUAUAGCUGCUUACUUCAAGCGGUCCCAAGUAUUGAUAUCUUACUACCAGAAUUUGAAUAUCUGGCCCGAGAACGGGACAAUAUUGGGGAUCUUCCCAUUCAUAUAGCGGCCAAGAUGGGACAUGUUGAACAAAUCAAAAAGCUACAUCUGGUAUCACAGUUGCCCGACGGACGAGGAAGAACCGUUCUUCAUGUUGCAGCAAAAUAUGGGAAAUUUUCAGCAGUGAGAUAUAUACUCAGACAUCUAGAAGUGGGGAAGCACAUAAAUGCAGUAGAUCAUGCUGGAAAUACACCUCUGCACUUGGCUGCGAUGCAUUCACAACCCAGAGCUUUGACUCUUCUUUUGCUGGAUAAUAGAAUUCAAGUCACCGUUACCAACAACAAAUGCCUGACCGCUCUCGACAUUGCUCGAGAAUGCAUCACAAGGAAGCACGCAUUUCGGAAUGUAGGACUCGGUAUACUGGCUGUUGCAAGGCCAUCCCAUUCAGAAAGGUCGAACUCUUGACGGAGACUCACUCAUACAUAGGCCGAAAGCUCUUGAUAAAAGGUUUGUCUGCUCGGGCAGAAACAUAAAGAGCAGGGACAUCGUCAGAGAUCUCAUCAAUUCCCGUAUGGUGGUGGCAACACUUGUGGCCACUGUGACUUUCGCGGCUGGUUUCGCUGUUCCUGGAGGAUUUAAUGGCUCGGACGCAGCCUCCAAAGAUGACCGGGGCAUGGCUACCAUGCUGGACAAUCGUCAGUUCCAGGUUUUCGUGAUUUUCAACACCUUUGCGAUGUUCAGCUCAAUUGCCGCACUUUCCAUCCUCAUCUGGGAGCGGCUAGAUGAAGUGGACAGUUCGGUAUCCGCAUUUAAGGCCACAACGCAACCGCUACAAUGGGCAAUCGUGACGAUGUCCGUCGCUUUCUAUACUGGUGUCGCCUCGACCGUUAGCAAACUCCCGUGGCUUGUGAACAUCAUAACAUUAAUAGGAUUCCUUUUCUUGUUUUUCUCAGUUUCUAGAAUGUUAACUGCCAGUGCUACUUCUCUAGUCUUGUCUAUUCCUACUUGUCGUCGGACGGUCUUGCUUGCUCUCGCUUAUUUUUUUAUGCGGUCUGUUGACGCGUCCAUUGAUGAUGAUGCGGAAGAGGACGGCACGACGAGCGAGACCUCCGCUAGUCGGCCGACGGAUGGUGCUGGUCAGUCGAAGACCGAUGACUCGGCGACAGCAAAAUGUGGGGACGCGCCACAUCCUCCAAGUCACUGAUUCAAUUGAUCAUUCCAUAUUAUCUGUGAUCUGUAUUAAAUACUAUAUAUUUUCCUUGGUGCAUAUGGAUCAUUCUACGGUUGCUUUCCUGUUAUGUCAGAUCAAAGGUGAUUAUUCAA